UGUAUUACAAAAAACACAUCUUUCUUUUGUACUUGUUAUUUUUACUUUGUUGGUUGUUGAUUGCGACUAAUUUUGUCGUUUUUUGAGAUAUUCGAGAUACCGCAAUGCCCAGCCAAGACAGUAUCCACACUCCGGCGGCCGGAGUAAAGCCGCACUUGGAGCAAUGGGAGGUAAUUGCCUGGUCUCCGGAGCGUCUGGCAUCCAUAUACUCGGACUGGGCCAUGUUCUAUUUCAGCCGACAGAAGUACUCGCAUGGACUUCGCUACUUCAACAGCGCCUUGGAUCUGAAUCCCUUCAACUCGCAGGCUCUGAUGCGCCGAAGUCAGGUGAAAAGGUUCAUGGGCUUGGCACCCGAAGCACUUAAGGAUUGCUCCCUGGCAGAAGAUCUACUGAUGAAGACAACGCCCCCUGUCACUAUUCCAAAAGUAAGUUUGGAGGUCUGUGACGCACUGUAUGACUCCAAUCGUCUGGAGGACUCCAAGAUAAACAUGCAUUGUCAUUUGAGGCGAUUUUCCUCCGCCCAGCGAAAGCCAGUUACCAAUCGCCUGAAAGCGGUGAGUGAAAACUUCCAAGACACAUUAUCCGAUGCUACCACGAUGCCAGUUAAGCACCUGAUCAAUGCAAUGCAGAUGAGCUUGUCCAAAAAGCCCAAGGAACUCAAGGAUGAUUGCGAUGUGGUUAGCCUAGUGGAAAAGGAGGAAAUUUAUCUGUCCCCGCUGGAAAUCGCAAGACGAAAGAGGGUCUUCAAGAUAUACAACCAAUCCUAUCUGAACAAGUGCUGGCUGGACGUGGCCUUCCUCAAGAGACUACGCGACGAUCCCAAUGUGCAGCCCAAACAUUGUAAAAAGUCAUCCGAGUAUUUGGGCGAACUGCUGGAAAGAAAUUACAAAGCGGAGCGAACUCUGACGAAAAUGCUGCACACACGAUGUCCUAUGUACGCCCUGCAUCCCCAAAAAUACCCCAACGAGGAACUUUACAACAAACAAAAGGCGGAAAAUCUACAUCGCAUCCAGUACCAGACGAGGAGGAAUAUGUUCAAGAUCCUGCGCAGUAUUCGACUGCUCAUUCGGGUUGGUGAGCUUAAUAAACUGACCACGUUUAUUGAGGAGGUCAUGGGCGACUAUGUGACCAUCAAGACACAUCGCGUAAUGCCGUGGAAGUUUGAAUUUACUAAUGAGGUUUACAACUACUUGGGUUUAGCCCGCAUUAAUGAAUACAAAAUUCCCAGCAAUAUGACAGUCUUGCAAGGCAGACAGCGCCUUUUGACUCUUUUCAGGCUUCCAGUGAAUACCAACCAGGAGCUGAAAAAGACGAGUAACAAGCGACCAACUGACCUUAAUAUAGCCAGAUCGAAGACCUCCGAUCCCAAGGCGGAAAAAUUCAAGAAACAAGUGGCUCGACUCGAGAACCGAAUGCGAUUUGCCGAAUACCACAUAGAACGCGCCUAUCUUUUGCAUGAACUUGCCCAAGAGCACCUGGAUUAUAAUUCAUUUGAUGCGGCCUGCUCCAUGGCCCGAAAGGCUUUGGAGGAGGCUGUGAAAUGCAAGAGCAUUGUUUGGAGCUUCUUGAGUCUGAUCAUCAUAUGCAAAACCCACGCGAUUCUGGGCAAGAUCGAGAGGGAAAAGGAAAUUCUGGCUGAGGCUUUCGAAUUGGCCAAGAAAAUGAAGAAUCUCGAUCUGUGCCUGUUCAUUGAUAUCUGCAUGAAGGUCAACGCCGAGGAGAUGGACAUUAAGCGAAUGGUAAUCUCCGACAUGAACUCGAUGAGGCAAAAGCUUGGCUCGAGAGGGGUCCAAAGUUUCGAACAAGUAACGGAUGAUCGCACCCAAAUUAGCUAGAAAAUACUGAAGAACGAAUCUACGUUUCUCGAAAUAAAAUAAAAAAAAAUUCAAACCCUUGUGGUUAAUUUUUUGUAUCUAUAAUGAACAUAAAGAUGAACACAUGAACUUGUUGA